AUGCAAGAUUAUAGAAAACGAGGCAGAAAACCGCGUGAAGGAGAGAAAAUGGAAAAAAUGGAGUCAGUCUGUUUCAAGUGCCCGUACACGGCGUGCGAUCUUCAGUACCAGUCAAGUCUCGGAUACAAAAGACACUUGAUGUAUUACAAGCACUCGCUUUUUGCGCCGUCAAACAAGAAAAUUAUUUGCGGAUAUCUCGACUGCACAGCCACCGAGAACAUCAGAGAGCACAUCUGCAGAGAGCACCCAGAAGACGCAACAGAGCUGCUGGAGGCACACGAGAUCAUGAUCAAAGUAGGAGAGGAAACAGAGGAAAUAAGCACGGCUGGGCUGAUAGGGGACAUCGUGCACGAUGAAGGGCUUUUGGACAUUUCAAAAGUAAUGGAGGAAAACGGCAUCAUAAAAGAUAUCAUACUGGCAACAUUUCCCAAAGGAGUAACACACAUUGUGGACUUUGAGACGUUCUCCGACACCAACCAAAUGUUCUACUGCAGAAUACCCGGGUGUGGGAGACAGUUUAAAAGCCUUAUGGCGUACAAGUACCACUGCGGGAAGUUCACCCAUUUGUUCAAAUCGAUCAUUGAUGACUACACGUCCACACACGGCCCGCUGGACUACGAAGAGAUAAAAACGAUUUUCAAAAAAAAGUUCAACUUGGAAAACCGGUUCCUUCUUGAGGGCAUAUCGCACCAUCUGAUGCGCAUGCCUGACCAGCACUACAACUUUAUAUUCACAUUCGAUGAUGCGCAGCUGGGACACGAAAAACGAAGACUGAAAAAAAGAUCUUCUGAUUCGAUAUCAGAGUACAGCAUUGGCUCAGAGGACAGAAACGAGUACGAUGACGAGGACGUGAAAAGAAUGAAAGAAGACGACCACGAGGAAAAGUCUCAUUUUAAGAUAGACUCGAUUGUCUUUAACGGAAGACAGCUUCCGCAUUUGCAGAGCUAUGAGCAGGGAAGACUCUCUUUUUUAAAUCUGUACCUGGAAACUACUUUGUUGGCGGUUGUUGGCAACUGCGUCAUUGUUGGAACAAAGGGAGAGCUCGACGAUGAAGAAGAGCAGCCAGAGACAGGAAGACCAAAUAACAUUUUUACAUUCUCAGGAGGAAAUGCUGCGUUUUUUGUCCUAGAUAAGAACAAGAUAAGAAACGAAAUAACUUUGGAGGGGUACGGGUUUCCCAGAAAGCUGAUUGCACUGGAGGACAGAAAACUUUUAGUGCUGUUCAAUGACGGAGUGCUUCGGCAGCUUGUUUUAACAGAAGAUCUCAAACUGCAUUCAGUGGAGGAGAUAAAAACAAAAGCACAGAUCGUUGAUUUCACAGUUUUCAACAAACAGAUAAUAGCGUGCAGCCACAGAGUGCUGACAAAUCUAUCGACCAGAAAGGAAAGACCGUUUGAGUCGCCCAUUGUGUCAGUUAGCACCACAAGUGAAUCUAUUUUGAUAGUAGACUCUAACGGAAGAACCUUCUGCAUCAACGGCGUCUUCGAAGAUAUGUGCCCAAUACCCUCCAAGGUAGGGACCAAUGUGGCCACAGGCUUAGGCGAUAAUCACGAUCUCAUCUUCAUCAGCAACUCGCUCUACGGCCUGGGAAGGAUCUACUCUAUUUCCACAAAUAGCGUGCUCUUAGUCUCUCCCCAUGCCUGCUCAAAUGCCAUGCUUAUAAAGCCCGGGUUUAUCGUUUCCUCUGGGCUCGAUGGAUCUCUUUGUGUCUCUGCGUACAAAGCCGAUCCAAAGGUGUACAUGAAAGUGCUGCGCACAGAAAUCAGAGGAGACGAGCUGUUCAUUGCCACAUCAGAGGAAGAGCACGCUUUGACAGAAAACGCACAGCACCCAGCCAUGCUGCACCACGACUACAGAAUAGCCAUCCAGGGGAUAGUAAAGCAGGACAUGAACUUGGUUGCUGUUUUGACAUGCGGGAUUGUGAUUAUUAUUGACAAAUUUUUCAGAGAGUGA